CAACACAAUUUCUUCACAAACAAAUCUUUGGGCUACAGACUGAGUUUCUGUACACUCUUUCUUUGACGAUAAAAAUAGUUUUUAAAAUGUCUUUAGAUGCUGAAACAGCCAGUGGAGACAAUCUUGCCGACAAGGAUCUGGCGGCAAACGUGGAAAGCCUCUCCCUUACCGGUGCCGAGCAGAAAGUUGAGAAACAGGAAGCGAAAAAGAUUGAUAUUGUUCUCCACGCGACCGGAAGCGCUCCGAUUCUAAAGCAGAAGAAAUGGUCCGUCGAUCCGGAGAAACCUAUCAGUGCCAUUGUUAAAUUCAUUCACAAAUAUCUGAAGCUGGAUCCAGAGGAACGAUUGUUUCUCUACAUCAAUCAAACUUUUGCACCGGCCCCGGAUCAGAUAAUCAAAAACCUGUACGAAUGCUACGGGACGAACGGUAAACUGAUUCUACACUACGCAAAAUCGCAAGCUUGGGGAUAAGAUCGCCGACAUUUCGGGUCAUACUUCUGGUCAUCCGACAACUUCAUUCCUUCAACCGCUUUCCAAGACACAAAUGCUUUAACUGAUCGGGAAUAAAGUUCUACCAAAGGUUCG